AUGACAAGAAACAAUGGAACGGUUGAUGAACGCUUGAGGCUUGAUGGCCAUUCACCAAGUGUCAAACGCUUGAAACAAAAUGAAAAACGCUUGAAUCAAAAUCAAUUUCUUAAUCUUCCAGAUAUAGCAUUGGAAAGGAUCGCUUCAAUGCUAAGUCCAAGGAGUACGCUAAAACUCAUGCGUGUAAACAAAAGGUUCAUCAAAGCAUGCAAAAAACGCUUAUACCGAAAACUUAUUAUUAUUCAGGAUAAAGAUGAUCGCUAUUUAUACAAACUUGCAAAAGCUGCGAAAGGUACAAUUAUAACCGGAAAAAGAAUAAAAGGAUUCUUCACUUUACACAAAAGUUUAGAUGCUGCUGAAAGAUUAGAAGAUUUAUCAUAUGUCAAUGAAUUUAUCUAUUACAGAGAGGAAAAAUCCAAAGAUCAACUGCUGGAUGACAUUGUGAACGAAUGUUGGGAUGAUGUUGUUAACAAUAUGCAAAAUCUGAAAUCGUUCAUAGCACCUAAGUUAAAUAUCAAAGCACUGGACUCAUCAUGGGAUAAAUCACACAUAACAAAUCUCACUAUAGAGAUACUGAACUCUGAUAACAAGGAUAUUGGGAUGUUUGAUUUAAUGUUGCCAAACUUAAAGUCAUUAUGCUUAAGUUUCUCUGAAGAACUAAUGGAUGAUGGUACAAUUCCAAACACUUUAUUGGUCAUAAUUAGGGCUUUAAGAUCAAAGGAAUUCCAAGAAAACAAAACAUUGGAGACCUUGGAGAUUAACGCAGAUUUUGGUUUACAAGAUUUGAAUACUGAACGUCAUCUACGGGACUCAGUCAAGUGCUCGACCAAUUAUCCAGGUUUAUUCUCUUCAUAUGUCAUGGGGUCCAAGAGUACCAAUAACCAUUCAAGACCAACAUAUCCUACUCCUAGUUUUAGCUCAUGUGUUGAAGAGCGCAAUUAUCAUGAAAAUCUGAGACGUGAUCUUAAUUCUAGAGACCCAGAGUUAGAAGUUCUGAUUUUUGGAAAGGAAUUAUCUGCUAGAGAAUCAAAUUUCGAAGAACCUCAAAUCCAUGAACUUGAUAAAAACCACCCUCUAGAGCGUAUUGUCUUAGAAGAAAAUGAUAGAUUAUAUCAGAGACCGCCAUUCAGGUCUGGUGAAUCGGACCAUGAUUAUAGCAGCUAUGAAGAGAAACUCGCUGAGAAAGACAUGGCCUUAAAGCUUAGGUCGAUCGACAGCUUCAGACCUGGAUAUCUAAAGAAUGGAUCUAUACUUAGUUUUGGACCGGUAUUUGAAAUCAUAUCAGAACUUAUCAAUAUUCUACAUAGAGAGAAGAUAAUUUUGAGUAAUGUCAAAACUCUCAAAUUCUCCAAUAUGUUAAUGAGUGCUCAAACUUUUUACCGAGCUGAUCGAGUCCCAUAUAAUGUUGCUUUUGAUUCAGUGUUUCCAAACUUUUACCAGAUCAUUGAAACUUUAUCCCUAAAUAACUUGUUUGAACCCAAUUUUAUUAAGUUUGAUAAAGCUAAUAAGUCAUAUGAGUUUUGGGGUGGAGAAGAUGCAGUAGAGCUUCAUCCUGAAGCCUAUGAAAGAACUGAAUCAUUUUUGGCAGGUUUUAUUGACUCCACAAGACAAUUUGAUAACUUAAAAAAGCUCAAAUUUUUUUGUAUACCAAGAAAAUCUCAGAUUUAUUCUCCAAAUGCUGAAGUCAUAUUUUUUACACCUGAGGAAGAAAAGAAGAUGUUCUCUUAUGCUGACCUUUUUGGUGAAUUUCUCAAUCAAUGUCCUCAAUUGGAAGAACUUGAAGCUGUGGCAUCAGUAGAAGUGAAACUUACAGAUUUUUAUAACAUAAUUUCCAAAGCACCAUCAAAGAAUAAAUUAAAGAGAUUGUCAUUUAUUUCACCAGAUAUGAUUCCUUCAUAUAUUACAAAGUUCUCAAAUCUCAAGGUCUUUAAGAAAUUCAAACAUUUCAGCGAUGUGAACAAUGUCACAAAUUAUCAGAAUACAAUUAAUAAAAUUGCAGCUGAACAUUUCAUUGAAGCUUUCAAAACUGAGAAUUAUGAAUACUCAGCUUUAUCAGAUUAUAACAAUAAGGAUGUUGAGAUAAGAUUUUUUACAAAUCAAUAUAAUUAUCUGUUUGCAGAACAAGUUGAAGAAUUUUUCAAACUCUGUCCACAUUUGGAAAAAUUCAAAUAUUUCGGUUUCACAUUCAAUAGAUGGUCAUUUAAGUGA